AUGACCCACCCACCUGUGUCCCCCCAUGUCACACGGAAUCCCCGUUCGAGCCCAGAGGAAGGGCAGAGAGGGCAGAGCCGGCACCAGGUCAUCUUCAACGGGUCAUUUCCGGGGAAAAGGGACAGAGGAUCGAACUGCACAGUUGACUCUGGGCCUCGUCACUGCGAAGAGGAAGAAAAAGAAGGAAGGAUCGAAGGCGCAUAUAAUCCCAAAUAUGGACAGUCUUGUGCAUUGCGUGAUGCACCAGCAGGGCAGAUGGGACCGUGA